AUGGUGUCUCUCCCACAUCACACUCUUUAUCGCCAUGAUCGCCAUCUUCGUAGUGGAGGUGGGGUAGCUCUUUAUGUGCGAAAUAAUAUUAAAGCUAAAUAUGUUGCAUCUUCAGUAAACUCAGAAGACAAACAUCCGGAGUACUUAUUCGUUGAAAUAUUGAGUUCAUCAAAGCAAAAAAUACUAGUUGGUGUGGUCUAUAAACCACCCAACAUAGGACAUUUAGAUGAUUUAGAGGAGGAGAUGGAAAACAUAAUGGUGCCAUUUAAUAACAUUAUUAUUGUUGGAGAUUUAAAUUCAGACUUAAACUUGCAUAUUGUUGAGUAUGCUCCUACUCAUCACUUACAAAACUUGGAUUCUUGGAUUGAUGUUUGCAUUGUGGAUGAUCUGUUCAAGGUGUUGGCGUCAGAACAAUCUUCAGAGCCAUUUAUUUCUGAUCAUGACUUAAUUUCUGUGACUUAUAAUUACAAAGUUGAAUUACAACAGCUGAACAGCUUUACAUUCAGAAAUUGGAAUUCUAUUGAUGAUGAUAAGCUGCGAGAAUUGUGUGAAGAUAUUGAUUAUGAAGCUCUGAAGGAGCUGGGCUCAGUUGAUGAAAUGAACACUUGUUUACAUGCACACCUUGAACGUAUUAUAAAUGCUAUUGUGCCUGAGAAAUUGGUUGUUCUGCGUCGACCACCGGCUCCAUGGUUCACUGAUGAUAUUAGAAGUCUCCAAUGUCGGAGAAAUAAGCUUUAUCGUAUCUACAGAAGGACGGGUUAUGCUUAUAAAGAGUACUCUAACGGCAGGCGAUUGGUUAAAAAACGUAUUACUGAAGCAAAGAAAAAAUACUUUGACAAUCAAUUAAUUAAUGCAAAAAACUCGAGGGAACUUUGGAAUGAUCUAAGAAGAUUAGGCAUUGUUAAACAGAAGAAAUCACAAACUAUUAUAAAAGUUGACUUGAAUAAAUUAAAUGAAUUCUUUGCACGUGCGUCGGAUAAUGUCAUCGAUUCAGAUGUUGACACGUCAGACAUAUUGUUGGUUGAUAAUAAUGGCGAUGAAUUCACUUUCACAGAAUUGAAUACAGUAACGGUUAGAAAAUCAAUUAUGAGAUUGACGUCAAAUUCAUGUGGCUCGGAUGGCUUUUCUAUCAAGUCAUAUAAAUGUGUGCUGCCUUUUUUUCAGCAAGCAAUUACAGACCUCUUCAACGUGUCAUUAACUACAGGAGUCUUUUCGGAGAAUUGGAAGCUAUCACAUGUGAUUCCUAUUCCAAAAAAGGCUUAUCCAGUAAACUGUGAAGAUUAUAGGCCUAUAUCGCUGUUACCAAACUUGUCAAAAGCCUUGGAACGGUGUGCUCAUGACCAAAUUGUUAAAUAUAUCAAUGACAAUAAUUACUUCGAUGAAUACCAGACAGCAUUUCGUGGAGGUUUGGGUACGCAGACUGCCAUUGUAAAGUUCUGUGACGAUAUAAGACAAGCGGUGAAUGAGUCAAAGGUUUCAAGUGCGACCUCGUUUGACCUUAGCAAGGCCUUUGAUUCUGUUAAUCACAAAAGAUUAUUAUGUAAAUUGUCAUCUAUGAACAUGUCGAAUUCAGCCGUUGAUUGGAUUGGAUCUUAUUUAGCAAACAGAAAGCAGUCCGUACGCUCGAGCGAAGGUAACUCGUCGUGGGAAGAAAUUGUAAGAGGUGUACCUCAGGGAAGUGUGCUUGUUAAGUAA